GUUUCUGGUUGUGGAUAUAGGGCACGUAAGAAGGAGAGAGAGUGAGAGUGACAGUGAGAGAGGUUAAAGAAGCGCCAGUGGGUGUGCGCCUUGUGUCACUGUUCCACCCAUCACUCUUUUGCUUCUCUUCCUUUCAUCUCUCUCACCUCUCUGCAGUGCUGUUUCACUUUCAGUCUUUUCAGACAACCAACGAGACAUGGCAUCCUCGUUGCCACCUGCGACCAAAGCCGCCACCAAUUUCCCUCUCACACACUCUUUUCGCCUCUCUCCUAAACCUAACAGCCUACGUUUUCCUCCCACCAAGCCUGGUCAUUCGGUGUGCUUCACAAGGUUUAAGGCGCAAUUAAAUGAGGUUGCACUUGACAGUUCCUCCAAUGCUACUCCUAUCAAAGCCAAAUCAAAUGAGGAACCACCUGCAAAACCUUCGACCGAAUCACCUUCAGUCUUGGCAACUCAAGAAUCGAUUUCUCAGUUUAUUACUCAAGUUGCGAGUCUUGUCAAGCUUGUUGAUUCAAGGGACAUUGUGGAGUUGAAGAUGAAGCAGUAUGACAUUGAACUAACAAUCAGGAAAAAGGAGGCUAUGCCUGAACUACAACCUGCUCCUCAACCUGCGGUGGUGUACUCAUCCCUUCCACCAGCAGCAACACCGCCACUUGCCGCACCUACAUCUAUUCCAACAACUAGUCUAGCUCGUCCAACUGCUACACCAACUUCUCCCCCUGCUCCUAAGUCAACCAAGUCAUCGCUUCCACCUCUUAAAUCACCCAUGGCAGGGACAUUCUACCGAAGUCCUGCACCUGCUGAACCUCCCUUUGUGAAAGUUGGAGACAAAGUCAAGAAGGGGCAAGUUAUAUGCAUCAUCGAGGCAAUGAAAUUAAUGAAUGAAAUAGAGGCUGAUCAAUCAGGAACCAUAGCUGAAAUCAUUGCAGAAGAUGCGAAGCCUGUAAGCGUUGACACUCCCCUAUUUGUGAUUGAACCAUAGAGCUCAGAGUAUUGUAGAUGAAAAUCUUCAGUUUGGUAGUUGAAGUGAGAGGCUCAUCAAUCCCCCUAAAGAUAGAGGAAGUGUAGGAAGAUUUUGUUCUAAAUUGGAAUGACUCAGUUGAGAGAAUUAUUCUAGUUUACAAUGGAUUUAUUCCUUAUUUUUCUUCUA